AUGACAAAGAAAGUACAUACAUGGAUGUUGAUUUUCUGAAAUCUCGUUCAAUCGACAAAAUUCUGGAAGAAACAGGAUUGAGAUUUUUUCAUUGGAAAGUUUUCCUCUUAAUUUGCCUUCAACAUAUGGCAGACGCACUUGGAGCUUCCAUUUUAUCCGUGAUACUUCCGAGUCUAAAAUCAGACUGGAAUAUGUCUUCAAUCAUGGCUGGGGUAUUGACACUCUCUGCGUCUGUCGGAGGGACGACAGGGUCUUGGAUUUGGGGUUGGAUGGCAGACAAGUACGGCAGAAAGCGUUCAAUUAUUGGUAGUACGACGUCCAUACUUGUCUCAGCAUUUGUGGGCGCGUUUUCAACGAACUAUUACUGGCUUUGGAUGAACCUUUUCUUUGUCGGCUUUGGAGUGGCGACUGUAGAUCUAGGUUAUGUCGUAAUAGUAGAAUUUUUCCCUCCAAAAUAUCGAACUAUGUUUUCUGUUUUAACCAUGACCUUCUGGCCGGUAGGAUUUCUACUUUCGGCUGUAGUUUCAAUGGAGCUUUCGGUGAUUGGUUAUCAUUGGGCUCUGGCUACCGUGUGUUUUCCGGCAGCAAGUUUGCUUAUCGGUAUGAUAUUUCUCCCAGAGACUCCCUAUUAUCACCUUGCAGCUGGGGACGAGCAGAAAGCUUUGAAUAUUCUACAAGAUUUGGCGCCUGAAAUGGAUUUCAGCGACACAAGACUUCGGAAACCCGGUCCUGAGACACAGAGUCAGAGAGCAGAUUUCACGCAGUUAUUUCGAUCAGGUUAUUGGAAAAUUACGAUAUGCGUUUGUAUCGCCAAUUUCGGAAUCAUGAUGACGUAUUACGAUUUAAUAUACACUGCGUCUGACGUGGCGGACAGACAAAAUUUAACAUCUUCAACGAAUGGUUUGCAAAGCGCCAAUAUGCAUUCUAUUAUGACCUGGAUGAACUUGCCUGAGAUUACAAUCGUUAUGAUGGCUGGUUUAAGCUGCUACGUUUUUACAGUAAAAAUUAUAGUUUUAUUUGUUACAUUCCUGGCAAUCCUAUCACAGAUUAUCGCUUUGUUUGUCGUAAACCAGGAAAUGCCAUUAUUCAUAGUUACAAUGUUAUCUCGAAGUUUCCUCGCGACAAACACGGCACCUGUGGCAUUAUUUGCAUCGCUGGUUUACCCGACAGAAAAUCGUAGCAUUGGAGUUGGAAUUUGUGUGUGUGUUGGCCGUAUGGGAACAAUCUUAGGGCCGUUCAUCUUCGAGACAUUCUUUGCCCAAGAGUAUUUUAAUGGAAUUAUAUUUAAUCUUGCGAUAUUAUCCGUGACAUUUAUAGCAACUGUCUUGCUGCCGUCGCAAAGCUCCACCUUAAGCGAAUCUUAACAAUACUUCCCCUAU